UCUGGACCACAGAAACCCCGUAUAGGUUUCUGUCUACGCCUUCAGCCCUCAGAUUAUUUCAAGGGGGGAAUAAGGUUUUAUAGUUGACUGGGCGUUUUGGACGCGCUCGGUAAAACGAUGAUGCUUCUACGGCGACGCGCUGAGGGAAGAGACAGGUGAGGUGCGGCUGAGGAGCUGCUGUUUCACACAGCCUCUGGAUACCAAGACCCGCGGUGUCCAUCACCCUUUUUGUCCUCGAAGAAGAAGGGAAGCGAGAAAGGGGGAGGGCGAGUUGGCGACUGGCACCUGUCUCAGCCAUAUACCUGGCCAUCUGGUGCGUGCAUGUGUGCUGCUGCCAUGGCAACCAUGGCCCCUCCCCUUACAUUUCUUCUUCUGCUACUUCAACUGGCUGAUGGCUCAUUCCCAGAGGAGCCCAAUCCUCUCAGCUAUGUCCCCACAGAGGUGGUGAGGAGAUAUCCAGUGUUUCUAGGCAGAGCCCAUCGUUCAGCACAGAGACAGGAGCUGCACAUCCAGACAGUCCUGCAAGUCAACCGCACACUCUACAUAGGAGCCAGAGAUGACUUGUACAGAGUGGAGCUGGAUAACAUGGCAGGUGAUGAGAUGUUCUAUAGCAAGAAACGAACUUGGGAAUCCAAUAAGAACGACAUUAGAGUGUGCCGCAUGAAGGGCAAACAUGAGGAAGAAUGCCGUAAUUUCAUCAAGGUCCUGCUCAGCCAGCACGGUGGCCUGUUUGUAUGUGGAACAAAUGCCUUCAACCCACUGUGUGCCAAUUACACGAGAGACACCCUUGAAAUGGUGGGUGAGCCUGUCAGUGGGAUGGCGCGUUGCCCAUAUGAUCCGCGACAUGCCAAUGUGGCGUUAUUUGCAGAUGGAAGUCUCUUCACCGGUACCGUGACAGACUUCCUCGCCAUCGACGCGGUGAUCUAUCGGAGCCUCAGCGACAGCCCUGCCCUCCGCACAGUCAAACACGACUCCAAGUGGUUCAGAGAGCCUUACUUUGUGAGUGCCAUGGAGUGGGGGCCUCACAUUUAUUUCUUCUUCAGAGAGAUGGCAAUGGAGUUCCAUCAUUUAGAGAAGGUGAUGGUGUCCCGUGUGGCUCGUGUGUGUAAGGCCGACCUGGGCGGCUCUCAGCGUGUCCUUGAGAAACAGUGGACCACAUUUCUGAAGGCACGGCUCAACUGCUCCAUCCCCGGAGACUCUCACUUCUACUUCAACCUCUUACACGCCACAAGCAACAUUAUCCAUAUGCACGGACGUGACGUCAUCCUCGGUCUCUUCUCCACGCCACCAAACAGCAUCCCUGGUUCUGCGGUGUGUGUGUUUGACAUGCAGCAGCUCGCUCAUGUCUUCGAGGGCCGGUUUAAAGAGCAGAAAUCCCCGGAGUCCAUUUGGACACCUGUGCCUGACGAAGCGGUUCCUAAACCCAGACCGGGGGGAUGUGCAGUGCAGGGAUCCAGAUUUAGCUCCUCCACCACGCUGCCAGACGAGGUGCUGAACUUUGUGAAGACCCACCCACUGAUGGAUGAGACCGUUCCACUACUGGGACAUAGACCCUGGGUGGUCAAGACUAUGGGGCGAUACCAGCUGACAUCCAUGGUGGUGGACACAGAAGCUGGUCCCCAUAAGAACCGUACAGUCUUGUUCUUGGGCUCAACUAGAGGAACCAUCCUCAAGUUCCUAAUGGUUCCCACUGGAGACUUGGUCUCCCACAGCAGUGUGUUCCUGGAGGAGGUGGAGGGAUUCAACCCAGAGAAGUGUGGUGAAGACUCUCCUCAGGCCCGUCAGCUCUUAUCACUGUUGUUGGACCAGACCAGCCACACUCUGCUGCUGGCCUUCCCCUCCUGUCUGGUCCGAGUGCCCACUUCUCGCUGCCACCUACACUCCCGCUGCAUGAAGAGCUGUCUGGCCUCCAGGGAUCCUUACUGUGGCUGGACCAGAGGCAGCACCUGCUCCUUCCUGAGACCAGGCACAAGGCUGCCUUUUCAACAAGACGUGGAAUAUGGAAACACCACCUCCCAUUUAGGAGACUGUGACGGAAUUCUACAGCAGAGUUUGUUGAUUGAACCAGAGAGCCUGGUUUCCCUCAACCUGCUCGUGGCAUCUGCAGUUUCUGCAUUUACCAUCGGGGCGGCGCUCUCAGGCCUUGCCGUGUGUUGGAUCAUGGCCCAUAAGCCUGCCAAUCGUCGCCACAGCAACACCUCCCAGUCCUCCAUCCAGCGGCGAGAAAGAGGCCUGCUUAGCAGCGGUGGAAUUGGAGGCUCAGUGCUGAGUGUGACGCGGCAGGGAGGUGGAGAGCGCCCCUGCACUCAGAGUGGGGAAACCCUCUUUGUCAUGCCCAACGGCUGGGUGAAGUCAGGAGAGCUUGACCCUGGUUUCCUCCCCACACCAGAACACACGCCUCAGCAGAAGCGCAGAGGCCUGCGACUGUCUGACUCCAACUCUGGAGGGUGGGACACCAGUCAGACGUACCUGGGCGGAGGCUCCGUGGGGCUGGGUUCACCCUGCCGCAUGCCCCCCUCUGUCUACCUGACCACCAGACUGUUUCAGCAGGGGGGAGGUGGAAGACACGGUGGUGAGGGCCGAGGUAAUGACACGCCACGCCAGCACUAUGUCUGCCUGAGCAAACAAGAAAAGGGAGGGAAAGGGACACCCAAGGCCCCACUCAGGAAGUCUGCAGGAGAAUACAUUUAUCCCAUGACCCCCCAGGACUCACCUGAGCGUCGGAGGGUGGUCUCAGCACCCAGUGCCCCCAUGGAGUACAGUGACCCGCUGCCUCUUCGCUGGCCGGCCCAGGAAGGAUACAUCCUCAGUAGCCACGGCAUGGUCCCCGUCUCUCUGCCCCCUCCUUCCAUGCCCGCGACCAGUGGCCAGUCAUUUAUGUCUCAGCAACACACCCCCGCGCUGAGCAGAGCUCUGCUGAGAGGAGCUCUGGAGCGAGGGGAGCUGGGCGAGCUGGUGGAUCUCAGCCACCUGCUGAGUAAGAAGAACUGCAGUGACAGGACUCAGACAGGCCAGUGACUGUUGAGGAAAUGAAGGGGACAACUUUCCAUGUCCAAAGUUUUAUUUACACAGAUCUCUCUCCUCUCCCUUUCAUCUGUCUGUCAUUGUUAUUCAGCCCCCUCUAAUCUCCUCACUCAGACACCUACCCCACCCCCACAUUUCACCCCAUAAUGAGUCUCUCCAUAUGACUGGCUGCUGGGUCUGCCACUCAUAUCCUGGCUCACACUAAUUGGUCCGAUGGACUGAGGUUGUUGCUGUGUCUGCAUUGCAGAGUUGCCUCACUCUCCUGCUACUCAGCAGCAGAAGCAGGAAGAGGGAAGAGAGGGGAUGGAGAGAGAAGUGAAAGGAAAGUAGAAAUGGGGGCAGACAGGAUGUGGACAAAGAUGGACCUGGCACUUAGCAGCUGUCGGCUCUGUGCAGAUUAACUGAGGUUGCAGAAGCAGUCCGGUCCCGCCACAAGAGUCAGUUGUUUUUUUUUUUUCUUGGAUGACACUGACGAGGCCGCCACCCAUCUGCUCUCCCGCGAUAGAACCUGUUGUUUUGGUGCCAAGUAGGUGCUUGAAGUGAAAUUGCAAAAUUUUGAACUUCAAUGGACAUGAUGUUUAACUCAAAAACUGGAGUCAUUGUGACUUUAAACACAAAUCGAAUGAAUCCAGAGGCGUCGCCGUUUUCUCUUUUUCUCUUUCUCCGUGCUGCACAUGUACUGCACACACAACACAAGGAUUCAUGUGUUUGUAUAGGUGGGUAUUUAGUAUUUCAUGUACUUGAGAGUAAGGACGUGAGUGCCAAAAGCCUCUAACCUGUCUCAUGGGGAUAUGGGACCAUAACUCACUUCUUUGGAGAGCAGAGUGCGGGAGUGAAACGUCAGCACUUUUUCUGCCAACUGCAUGCUCUCUGUAAUGACGGCAUCUCAGCCGCCCAUUGCUCUUUUUGUUUGCCUCCUUCCACACCACAUACUCUUCGGUGACUUAUAACACAUGAGGACGUCGGGGAGAGGUUAAACUGCAACCCUGGACUGAAACGAGACCUCUGAGCAGAGCAGAAAAACUGUGAAUUUUUAGAUGGUCAAUCAAUACACUGCAAUAUAUUAAGACUCUGUCAUUCACUGCUACAUUAAUACACAUGUUUUUAAUGCUGCGUUAGAGAAUACAGUCCAGUUUUACUAGGCAAAGUUUCCCCAUAAGCCCACGGUGGGUCAUUGUCCCACAGACAUGAUGCAGAAUAAAUUGACAGUUACAGUGUUGAUGAAUGAACCCUCUGGUUUAACGCCGAGCCAAUAGGGGCAAUGAAAGUGUUCCCAGGAGGCAAAUGGACUAUAAAUUCAGAAUAUCAAAGUGUCUACUUGCAUGAAGUGGUCUGCGUUUAGAUCAACACAACAUGGUCUGAAAGUGUUAGUGAAUAGAUGCAAGUCAUAAAACGAGACAAGAUAAAGAUGACAAAAGCAGAAUCGCAAGGCGGCUUUGACUAAAUGAGGCGCUACAACAGCCACAGAGCGUAGUGAGAGUGUGGGUUUGUUGAAGCCGACCGGACUGGAUUUCCGUCCUUGAGUCGGUAGAACAAAUGCUAGUUUGCAAUGGCCUCAUAGUGAGCAGCAAUAUAUGGUUUAUCUGUACAUAGUAAAUUUUGAUUUAGAUGAAAUGAUAAGACAUACGGUAACUCCGAAACAUGACAUCAGGCAUUGGCUUGAUUUGUCAUAUCGUUUUAAUCAUUGAUAUAUGAAAAAAAAAAAAUCUGUUUCAGUGUAAAUUUCAUAUCAACCUGCUCUGUUUUUUUACAUCUUUAUGUCAAACCCAACUUAUGAA